AUUCUAGUGGCAAGUCAUGUUAUCAUAGCUCUUCUUUCUCCCGUAGCAGUAGUGGGGAAUGCAGUAGUUUUAACAGCGAUUUGGAAGAAGUCCUUUCAGAGAACACCUUUUCAUAUUCUUUUGAGUGUUUUGGCGAUUACUGACUUGUGUACUGGAGUUGCCACUUCUAUCAUGUCGAUUCCCUAUUUGUAUAACCAUACGCUUUAUACAACUGAAUCAGUAAUUGGGAUUCUCAGUGGAACAUAUCUGUUGUCUCUAACAAUACUUGUUAUAACACUUAUGUCUAUUGAACGUUGGCUGCACAUGACUCGGCGAUCCUCAAUAACAUCGCGCCGUGGAUGUCUCAUCGCUGCGCUCUCCCUAGUAGUGCCAAUUCCUUUCGUUGUUCUACAGGGUAUUUAUUUUUUCAAAGAUAGUUUUAAACUAGAGGCAGGCACCACUAUGGGAGUAUAUCUGCUAUCUUGCUACUUAGCCACCUCUGUUGCGUAUUUCAAAGUGUUCCGUAUAAUUCGCCGACACCAGCAACAAAUUCGUGGAAACCAGUCGUGUCAAAGUGUUGGUCAACGAGUGAUCGACUUGGCGAAAUACAAGAAAUCCGUAAUUUCAAUCUUAUACAUUCUUAUUUUGUUUUCUCUUUCUUUCUUGCCUGUGACAGUUAUACUCUUCCUACUUGUUAAAUGGGGUAAGAGCAAGGGAACAUGGGAGCCAUAUCACCUGUCUUUGGUGCUCUUAUUUUUGUCUUCCAGUCUCAAUCCUGCUCUUUACAUCUGGAGAAUGAGAGACAUUCGUGAUGGAGUGAAAUCUCUAUUCUGCCCUUGUAGAUCCCGGCAAUAGGCCAUUUGCACGAAGACGUCAUUUUACUACUACGACCAGGAUUUGUAUUUGUGUUUGUAUUUAUUUAUUUGCCACACGAUUACAAUUAAAAAAAGAUACCAAAAAAAAAAAUGUGGGAAAAAAUGGCGAGGAGGAAUAAAGGAAACUUUAAAGCUUAUGUUAAUUAGGCCUCCUCAAUUACAAUUUUUCGAAGAUGGCAUAAAAAUUACGGCGACGGCUACAAAAUAAUAUCAGGUGGAAAAUUAAAAUAACAAUCAAUAUUACGGAAGUUUACAAAUGUUGAAUAUUAAAAGCUUUUCCCAAGAUUCUUGUUGGAGUAUACUAAUAAUUAUUACAAAUAAAUGCCUUAAGUGCGCUUUUAAAGGAAAAAGGUGAGGAAGCGUUGAUGAUGUUAGUGUUUAAGGUGUUGUAAAAUUUAGGUCCUUGAUAAAAAACGGAGAAUUGUUUGGUUCGAGUACGACAGAAAGGCAGACGAAAUCUACACGAGUUUCUUGCAUUAUACGAAUGAAUUGGACUUUGUAAGGUAAAUUUACAAUGAAAUUUUAGUAUCCUUUUCGUUUUUCCUUUCAUAUUUUAAUAUGGUAAUCCCAGUGAGGUUUCGAAAACGGAAGCCCUAAUUUGCACAAGAAACCAAAGUCCUGAGGGAUUCUUGUCGUAGCAGUAAAAUGACGUCAUCAUGCAAAGGGCCUAUUAUUCCACGAGUGGCGUUGGCUAUAAUCAUCUCAUAUCCAACAAGCGCGAGUGCAAUAAUUGUUUUAUUGAAAACGCCUACAAAAUAUCGAGAAUUCUUCCCGGCUUUGAUUUUCAGCUUAUUUUUAAUUUUGAGCAGACGCGUACAGUUACCAUAUUUGGAGAACAUGGUAUAAUGGCUCAUAUACCAUGAUGGCUAAGCCAAUAAGAGCUCUAGAAUUGCAUUAUUCAAUGAUUCCGUUUUUAAUAAUAUGAAUCAUCAUCAGUGAAUCCCGGGGAAGUACUCAACAAAGUUCUACACGUAGAGGCUUCGCCACAAUGUCCAACUCCUUACCUUUUUAUAAACCUUUUUUGACGGAAAAGGUACCCUGUUAGCCAUUGUGUUGUCCCUUUAGAGACUAAAAUGACAGAUUUCCCUGCGCUUUCAUAUGCUCCAAUCAAUGAAAUACUUACCCUUUCAAAUAUCAGAAGCCUGAAAAUGUACCUCUUACGCAAGGGCGCGCGAAGCCCCCUCGUAUAGGCUAUCAUAGUCGUACCCCUCUAGGGGCGAAUCGCAGGUGACCACAACUGAAUUGCUGGAGAUCAAGGAAUCAUAGGUAAUAUAUAGUUUCUUAAUGUGGUAGCAUCUGACAAUGCUUUAAGCAGCUCAACAACAGUGCUGGUUAAAUUUAUGGACCUUUAAGCAACCGGAACCUGCAGCAAAGCUGAAAAAAACUCUCAUGUGAGACCACCUUCCAUACGCUACCACCUGUCAAAACACUAUAAUUUUCCCCAGUCAAAUCAUUAAAUGACAACCUCUCGUAAGCGACUGAGACCAUCUUUUUGGAUGACAGUUUUGAAAUUUCCAUUGAUUUUAUCCUCCUGUAAGCGACUACUUGAGCGGUUUUCCUUCUCUAAGUUCACUGUAUGUACUACACUACCCACAAUGAGCGAAGAACUUUUAGGGAGAACAUGAAACUACACUUAUGAAUUAGAAAUCGCAUGCAAGGAAUUCUCUUGAAAAAUGUAGAUGUGUGGUUCGAUUCUCGUUAGCGACCACUUCCCAUAAGCGACCACAAAAUCUUCGCACUUUGGAUGGUCACUUACUGGAAGUUGGACUGUAUACAUGGUAUACAAUCUGUGCCUCUGAAGUUAAAAGCUAAGGCCAGUCAUUCAUGUUGGUAGCUGUAAACUGAUGGGCGUUUCAAGCACAAAAUAUCUAGUGUUAGACAUCGACGGUGGAGUCUCCCAUUGCGUCCUCUUUGAAAGAUGACGCAACAAGGUAUCAUCUGGUAUUGGAAUUAUCAAGCGUGUGUGAUCAAUGAUCCCACUUACACCCCAAACACUUUCUACAAGUUUAAGCACAUUUUCAUUUUUACUUGUUACAAAAAAUUAGAAGAAACUGUCCUGUCUCGCGUGGAACAGUUCAGGUAAGAGUUUGCCUGAUUCUUGACAUGAGUAGUAUAGUGGAGAUUUUUUGAACCCCAUUUCUGCGUAGUAAUAUUUAAUUUAUGCAGAAAUAUUCCUUUGUCUUUAUCUCAUGAAUAAAAUACAGAGGAUUGUCAUUAAUGAGAUUUAUGCUUGUUUGAUAAGAUUUGAUGCCAUGCUAAGUUUACUUUUUCUCACGGCCCCUUCAAAGCCACUACAUGCUAAAAUAAAUAAUUAUUAUGUUUUCCUUGUGUCGCAGUUUUACCUCCCAGAGAUACGAGAAGCUAGCACUUUCCUGGGGGGAGGCUGGGGGAGUCGUUAUCUAGUUAGUGCGGGAGAGCACGUUUCGUAAAAUAUGGCCUGCACCCAGUAGGCUGAACUUCUGAAGAGGUUUCCAGGACUGUUUUCGACGUAUUUUCCCAGGCCCUUUUUAACUAGGCCAAUUAAGUGCUCCAAUACCUAAAGGCACAGUUUCUGCUAUAAGGCCCCAAAUUGUUGAGAUUUCGAUCUCCAAAUUCUAAUAUUUUGAUAGAUUUUCAACCAUUUUGACAGAUGUAUUUCGUUCCACAAAUAUAGCCAUAUCAAUCAUUGGACAUUUCUUCAGCUCUUGGUCCUUGAUAAUGAUGUCAGGCCUGUUGGAUUUGAUUUCUUUAUCGGUAUGAACCGGCAUGUCCCAGAGGACAUUCAUUAGGGAACUUAAGAACCACGACAAAGUUCACGACGACGACAUCUGUUGACCGGGAAAAGACUGGAACGAGAACGUCAGUUUCGGCGGGAAAAAGGAAACUUAAGAUGCAGUCGAUCGGUAGGUCGACGACGACGACACUGAAUGUAAACAAACAUGUAGACUGUGAUGUUCGUUCGCAACAAAGUUUUUUCGCAGAGGCGUCUUUUAGAACGAUGCAAGAUCUUAUUUUAUAAGCCGUACGUCUACUUUCAUUGACGAUGAAGAAUUUUUAGCAAUGUCUGACCUUUUCAAAUGGGAAAAUCUCUGCUUUCCGUACGAAGAUUAUUCAACUUUCAACCUGAAUGAGAUGACCGCGUCCGAGUGUCUGUCAGACGUUAGUUUUGGAAAAAGAGACAUUCCGAUGCGAUAGCUGUUUUCCACAUAAAGUUCAUUUCCUCUAAAUUAAAGAUAUAUGAUUUCCCUUUCCUAAAUACGUACAACUAAAUUUAUCACUUACUAGUUCGCUCGCUCGGCCUCCACAGCUCAGUGUUGUCUUCGAAGUAACCACAAUUCAUCAGUCGAAUUUUCAAUCAACAUCGUUUGUUAGAAGAAAAAAGAAAGGAUACCUGGAUUUACGAGGAUAAAAAAUACAAAGCCCUUGAAAAAUCGCUUAAAAACAAUGAUUUAUACCUGCGAAAGCUUGUGGAUUGCAGGACGACGUGAUUCUACUGUGUUUGGCGUCGUCGACGACACCACGACGACGAAAUUUGCUAAUCGCCCUUCCGCAGUGCACGGUAUCUCACUUCCGGUCGUCGUCGACAAAGUCGUCGUCGUGGUUCUUAAGUUCCCUAUUUUCUGUUCCUGUUUCUGGUGUACGCUUGUACCGCUUGUCCGCCAGUUGAUGUUGUAAACUUUGCAGAUAUUCAGGUGGGUGUAAGGGGCGGACUUUGCUUAUUCAGGGCAGCCACUUGUAAUGUGAUCGAUGGUUUCUUCACAGCGGUUGUUUAUGAUUAUGAUUAUGAUUAUGAUUAUGAGUAUAUGAUUAUGAUUUAAUAUUGUUAUUAAAUAUUUUAUUCACUAUGAAGCUUCGCUUGAUUUUUUUAUGGUCGCCAUCAUUAUUAUCAGUGCUGUUAUAAGAGAUCUAUUUAAAAAAAAAAGAUUGAAAGGAGUCGAGUGCGGAAGACGGUCAUGUUUUCCCUGUUAAAACAAUAUAAAUGUCAGUUAUUGGAAAAAUGAAAUUUCAUGAAAGAACAAAGCAACGGUCAACAAAAGUCAACAAAAGCAAAAACAGCAGGAACCGGACAUCGAAUUGAAUAGAAGUAAUUUCAACUCAGCACAUAUAUAGCAGCAAAAACUAAUUAAUAAUUAAAUAAGGUUUUUAUAUAUAUGAUAAAAGAUUUAAGUGAAAUCCAACAAUCAUCCUAAGGCCUUCAAUAGACUGAUGUCAGUGCCCAUGAAAACUGUUCAAAAGUUGUGUCUUCUGGCGCAGUUUGUAUUGAAAGAUAGUUUCUUUUACCCAAUAUUAUUUACGCAGUUUAAAAGCUAACAAUUUUUCUACCGUCUAUAAAAUUCUCAGGCCAAGACGCUUUAUUUUUAAUACAAGCGUAAGUUAACCGAGCUGCGCCAUCAUGUUCAACAUCACGACUUGGCCCCCUCCAUUUUCCAUUCCUAGUACCAUGAGCACUGGAGCAAGUGCUAAAGAGACGAACAGUAUUCUUGUCGUAAGUCAUGUGAUCAUCGUUCUUUUCUCCCCCAUGGCAGUGGUGGGAAAUGCAGUGGUUUUGAUGGCGAUUUGGAAGAAUUCCUUUCUAAGAACAUCCUUUCACAUUCUUUUGAGUGUUUUGGCGUUUACGGACUUGUGCACCGGUAUGGCGACCCUUUUGAUGUCCAUUCCUUAUUUGCUGCUCCAUACAUUCGAAACUGUCUCGCAAAUUGGAAUUUUCAUUGAAGCAUAUCUUGUCUCUCUUACGAUACUUGUCAUAACUCUAAUGUCUAUUGAACGGUGGCUGCACAUGACUCACCGAUCCUUACUCACAUCACGCCGUGGAUAUCUUACCGCUGUCAUAUCCCUGCUACUGCCAAUUCCCUUAGUUACUCUGCAAGUAUUUAACUUCAUCGAAGAGCGGCUGGUACUAGAGGCAAAUGCUAUAUCGGGCGUAUAUAUGCUAUCGUGUUACUUGGCCACCUCUGUUGCUUAUUUCAAAGUGUUUCGCAUUAUUCGACAGCACCAGCAACAAAUUCAUGGGAACCAGUCUCGUCAAAAUUUUGGUCGACCAGCGAUCGACAUGGCAAAGUAUAAGAAAUCCAUCUUUUCAAUCUUGUACAUUCUCGCUUUAUUUUCUUUGUGCAUUUUACCUUUCAUUGUUUCGCUCUUUCUCCUUGUUCUUUUGGGUGAGGAGAUCGGAAUGUGGGCGCCAUAUCACGUAUCUUUGGUGUUCUUAUUUUCAGCAUCCUGUCUCAAUCCUGGUCUUUAUAUUUGGAGAAUGAAAGACGUUCGUGAUGGAGUCAAAAAGUUGUGUUGUUGCACAAACGGAUUCCAGUAGAUGUAACGUCUAUCGACGGGCAGAAUUGUUGUUGAACACUAUGCUCAAAUUGGGUUCAUCGAAAUCUCACGAAAAUCACCUACUGAAGGUGGUAGCUUACCCACCAACAUAUCUUCUUUCUGGGAGACAAUUUGUUGCUUGCAAUUUCUAAGUUACGAUAUGUGUCUUCGGGUGCUGUUUGUAUAGCGUAGUACAUACACCGAACAAAUAGAUUAGAUCAUGCUUGAAGUGGUCGUUUACAAGAUGUUAAAAACAAUGGAAAAUUCAGCUAAAGCCGUCAUCCUAAAAAGUGGUCGCGGUCGCUUACAAGAGGUGGGCAUUUACGAGAGCUUCCUUUGAGUGGGGAAAUUUUGGUGUACGUUUUUAUUAGGUGUUCGCACGUGGACGUUCGACCGAAUUUUCAGUCUCGGUUCUCGAGUUAUUGAAAUUUCCAUGCAGCAGUGAAUACUUUGUGGAAUAGAUAUUUUGCAGAUAAUUGGGUACCCCUGGAAUAUUGUUCUCGAUGCUUACUAAAAUAACCACGACGGCGAUGGUAUCGAGAACGGCACAAGAGCAAUAGGUUAAGAGAAGCAAAACAACAACUUUGCACGUGCAUCACGCUUUUUUGUACAUUUCUCUGCCGUUGUUGCACGACUACAACGUUUCACGUUUUGUCAAGGACGGGAACAAAAGACAACAACUUUCUUUUCUUUUCCUGAACUUUGAUGUCGUCCUUUAGAAUUCAACUCCAAAAAACUUUGCCAACAUUUGACGAAUUUAACGAGAUGGAAUAAGUGCGAUCAAGUUUGAGGCAGCGCAAAUUCACUUUGUGACGUUUUCGUAGCCUUCGCCGUAGUCGUUGUAUAAACACCCUAAUAUUCCCGAAAAGGUGAGCGUUGCGGGUGGUGUCGGAAAUGAUUGAUGUCUGCAAGUUCUUUGCAUUAAGGACCGUAGAGGAGUGGUUUUGGUGGCAAAGGAACGAGGUAAAUAAAAUCAACAAGUGAAAGUUUCAGGGGCACACAACGAGAAGAUAGUUCAAAACCACUUAAACAUGGCAUUUUUAAACGUAUUUUAGUAUUUAAACGGUAGAUAUAGGCAUAUUUUCAUCCCCUAGAAAUUUUUCAUGUGUUCGGAUUUCCUAGCUAAAGUCUAGUGAUCCGAAAAUUAUAGGGAUCAAAACUUACCUUUUCGAAAAUUUCAGCUAGAAAAAAGGCUCCCGAAAAUUCUACGUGACCUUUUACGGGUAAAAAUCCGUUAAAAAUGGGCAAUUAUACCACUUUUUAGAUGUUCGAAAAUCCUUGGAGAGGCAGGCAAGCAAGAAAUUUUAAAACAAAUAUUCCGAAAAUUCUAGAUCGCAAAUCGUCUUCAGAACAGUUUUUUUUCCGAAAAUUGUCGUUGGGUGCCCCUGAAGUUUUAUCUCCCGAGAUUUCGUUGCUUUAUUGGAUUUGGCGAAUGGUCUCAUUUUUUGUUCAAUUUGUACACUAUGCGAAUAUUUCAAAUUAAAAAGAGCUAUAAGUAUUGUAUGUGGAAAGUUUAAGUAAUUAAAAACUGAAAUCAACUUCAAGUGCGUGGCAAACAUAAUAAAGUUUCGUUUGUUUUUAUAUUAUUUAUCUCCUCACUAUUAUCAAUGCCAUUUCACCACAAGGUCUAGUUUUUUAAUUGGAAAGACGAAAGAGCCGAGACAGUCAUGUUUUCCUAUUAAGAAAAAUUUAAUGUCAGCUUUGGUAGAACAGUAUAUUAACGUUUAACAUGAAAAACAUCGGUGAACAAAAGUAAAUGUACAUUAAAAGAGGAAACCAGAUACCAAUCUGUAUAAAUAUAAUUUCAACUCAGAACAGCGGGUAAAGCGUUCUACAAGAACAUUUUAUUUGAAAAAUAUUGCAAAAAUAUCCAACAGAUUAUUUGAAAUCAAUGACAAAAAACUUCUAAUUUACGACAAACCUAUUAAUAAUCUAUCGUGCUUUGUGCCAUUGCCGUGAAUACUAUCAGUUAUGUCACCAAGGGGUCUAUUCUGUUGUCUUUUUAAUGGACAAGAUUGGAAAGAGUCGAGUCCAUACAACAGUCAUGUUUUCCUCCGAGAUAACGAAAUUAAUGUUAUCUGUUAGGAGUAUAAUGAACAUUUUUAUAUCGCAAAAAAAAAUCAGCAGUUAAUAAUGGCAACUGUCUUGAAAAAGGAAACCGGGUGCCAAAUUGAAUAGAAGUAAUUCCGUCUUAGUACACAGUAGGUAUAAAACUUACUACGUUAAAUCGAAGUAAGACAAAUAGGAGUAAUAUUCCAUGCCAAGAAAAAUCAUUCUUCUUUUAUUGAAGCACUGAUAUUUCGUCUUCUAAAGGAAGCCUUUGAGCGGGAUGAAUUGGUGACCUAUGCAAACUGUUCAAAAGUUGGUUCCUAUGAAUUUAAGAAAGAAAUUUUCUGACUUCUUUUGUUUACGCCUUUAGAAGUUAGCUGACGAAUUUUCUUGCGUCGAUCACCUUCUCAAGCCCAUGAUUCCCGUGGCAUAGACAAUUUUCAAAGUGGCUGAACCGCGCUAUUAUAUGUUAUGUUGAACAACAACAAUAGCACAGGAGCAACUGCUAAAGGGCCGAACAGUAUUCUAGUGGCAAGUCAUGUUAUCAUAGCUCUUCUUUCUCCCGUAGCAGUAGUGGGGAAUGCAGUAGUUUUAACAGCGAUUUGGAAGAAGUCCUUUCAGAGAACACCUUUUCAUAUUCUUUUGAGUGUUUUAGCCUUCUCUGAUUUGUGUACUGGAGUUGCCACCUCUAUCAUGUCGAUUCCCUAUUUGUAUAACCAUACGCUUUAUACAACUGAAUCAGUAAUUGGGAUUCUCAGUGGAACAUAUCUGGUGUCUCUAACAAUACUUGUUAUAACACUUAUGUCUAUUGAACGAUGGCUGCACAUGACUCGGCGAUCCUCAAUAACAUCGCGCCGUGGAUGUCUCAUCGCUGCGCUCUCCCUAGUAGUGCCAAUUCCUUUCGUUGUUCUACAGGGUAUUUAUUUUUACAAGGAUAGUUUUAAACUAGAGGUAGGCACCACUAUGGGAGUAUAUCUGUUAUCUUGCUACUUAGCCACCACUGUUGCGUAUUUCAAAGUGUUCCGUAUAAUUCGCCGACACCAGCAACAAAUUCGUGGAAACCAGUCGUGUCAAAGUGUUGGUCAACGAGUGAUCGACUUGGCGAAAUACAAGAAAUCCGUAAUUUCAAUCUUAUACAUUCUUAUUUUGUUUUCCUUUUCUUUCUUGCCUCUGACAGUUAUACUCUUCCUCCUUGUUAAAUGGGGUAAGAGCAAGGGAACAUGGGAGCCAUAUCACCUGUCUUUGGUGCUCUUAUUUUUGUCUUCCAGUCUCAAUCCUGCUCUUUACAUCUGGAGAAUGAGAGACAUUCGUGAUGGAGUGAAAUCUCUAUUCUGCCCUUGUAGAUCCCGGCAAUAG